CGCUGUCAAACUUUUAUACGUCCGCGGACUUUUUCGCUGAACCCUUGACGCUAUCGAACGCUUUAUUUACGAAAAUGUAGGUUCUUUUCGUAUUGUUUUUGCAUUUUUAAUAUAAAUAUAACAGCAACAGCAACAAAAUCAUUAAAAUCUGCAAAAUUUAUUCGGAAAUUACCUUCUGCGGCCAAAACACAGAUGUAAACAAUACGUUUGGCAUUUCGAUAUAAAUUUUGGGGUGUUUACCCCUGCCACACGAAGCGUAAACGUUUUGGCAUUAAUUUGUAAAUUUACGCUCCGUUUGGCAGCACCUUUUAGUAAAAAAUUAAAAGUGGUUGACCACGAUGCCGAUGCCUUAAUACGCCUCACUAUGAGCACCAGCGCGGAAACGAACAUCUCGCUGAGAAUACCGUUCCCCAGCAAGCGGCACGCCGAGGUUGCAUUCGAUGCGCUGCGCGUGGAUAGUGAGCCGCACCGGAGUUUCGUUAAAAAGACGCUCAAACUGGAGGAACACUGCCUGCUGCUCGAUCUGGCCGGUGAACAGUCGAAGAACCUGCGCGUCGCCCUGACAUCCUUUCUGGAAUCGCUUAUUCUGUGUUGCGAAACGCUCGAACAGUUUGGUCCACCCGUAUCGGAACAGUAUUCGCACUAUUAG